AUGGCAGUUCACCAAAAGGAUUUUGACGGUUUCCUACGCGACUUCAUCGAUAUAUUUCAUUUGCACCAACAAGUUCGUGAAAUUACCAAUCGGCCGUGGGGUUCUCUUCUCGAAUCGCCACUCAAACCACUUCUGGAACUUGAAGCAAGUGCAUUGGUGCAGGAAGAAUCUCCAGUGGAAUGCUCCAAGCUGUUAGCACUGCUGAAUUCGGCAUCAAUUGAUUCAUCUGCCAGGAAUAUCUACCUGGAGGCAAUCAAAUCUCUCCAGAUGGCCAUCAACGGAAGUCGAAGGCAUUCCUCUGGCCAGUCGACAAUAGGUCCGAUUAUUUCCUGGUUGGUUGUCGUGCCCUCUGACUACAUAUAUCUUUUGGGAGAGAGACGACCAGAGGCACUCAUCAUUCUCGCCCAUUUCGGUGCCUUGUUACAUUUGUAUCGUGAGAUUUGGAUGCUUGGAGACAGCGGAAUUUACCUGGACAGUAAUUGGGAUAUUUGGUUACAAUGGCUGAAAACAAUCGCUCAAUGUGAAAAUAAUGAGAAGACUUGGGUUUGUACAUUGAUGUUCCGGUACGCAACCUUAUUUGCUGCCACGAAGCACGUCGGAUAA